GUAAGUGCAAAUGUAGUGGGUGAUGGGAAGUGUGUGUGUGUUUUAUGAUUUUUGGUGUGAACAAGAUGACGAAGAUAUUGAAAGUACCCUUCGAAGAGGCCCUGGGUAUGGCUGGCUUCGGUAAAUUCAACUGCCUGAUGUUCAUCCUGAACCUCACGGUGGUGACCAGCAUGGCAUUUGAAGUGUUUUCCGUAUCGUACCUGGUACCGGCCAGUGCCUGCGAGUUGCAGACCACGGUCUACCAGCAGGGGCUGAUCGCUGGCAUGCCUUUACUUGGUAUUAUAGCAUCGUCUCAAAUUUGGGGUUAUCUAGCUGAUACGCGAGGUCGAAGGAAGAUUUUACUAUGGUCCCUGUCUAUGGGCUUCUGUUUUGGGUUCCUGGCUACCUUCUCACCAAAUUGGAUCGUGUUGAGUCUAUUGAAGUUUCUCUCUUCUACUGCUUUAGCAGCCAGUUAUCCAGUUGCUAUAACUUUUCUAAGUGAAUCCACUCCACAAAAUAAGAGAUCUAUAUUCGUCUCCUGUUUGAGCACACAAAUAUUUUUCGCUUCAGCGCUUAUGGCAAUUUUAUCUAUACCAGUUUUACACGUAAACAUCUCCUAUUACAUACCAUUUCUGGACAUACAUUUCCUAUCAUGGCGACUUCUAAACAUAAUAUUUGCUUUGCCAUCGUUAAUUGGAGCGUUUGGUAUCUGGUUGUCAUAUGAGAGUCCAAGGUUCUUGGUCAGGAUUGGUGAAGAUGAAAAAGCUAUAGAUGUGUUGAAAAACAUCUAUUUCUUUAAUACGGGGAAGAGUCGAGAUGGAUAUAUGGUGGAAUCAAUAAUACUAGGUGAGAGUACAGGCGAGUCGGCCGGAGAGAGCAUGUGGUCGUCGUUCGCGUCGCAAACCGUCACGUUGUUUAAGCCGCCCUUGUUGAAGAGCACUUUGUUGUUAUCUGUGCUACUUGUUAUUUGUUAUUUUAGUAUGCAGCCAUUUUUAAUUUGGCUCCCCUUCAUAUCGGACGGUUUCAUGCGAUCUGUAGAGGCUGGGGAUACAGAUUGCAGCUUAUGUGACAUGCUGAGGUUUGCUGGGAAUCAGACUACAGUUGAGAACAGCGACUGCAGCCUCAACGUCUUCGCCAUGACGUCAGUUUUCUCAAUAUACUUCCUAUUGUCAGUAAUGAACGUCAUCUUCAGUUCUAGUAUUAAUCUUAUUGGAAAGAAACGGAUGUUGAUUACAUUCCAGCUAGUAUCCAGUAUAUCAGCUCUAGUCCUGAACCUGUCACACCAUUACAUCCUCAAUGCUGUACUCUUCGGGAUGUACACCAUGAGCUCGAUUAACUUCACCUUCCUGUCUAUUUACGUCGUGGAAAUAUAUCCCACUUAUGUGAAAGCAACGGCUGUAUGUCUAACUUUGAUGUUGGGUAGAGGUAGUUCAGCGCUCGGCAUCAAUAUACUGAAAUCACUUUUGGCUUACAAUUGUGAACUAGCUUUCUAUUUCUUCGGAGGAUUGUCGUUGUUUGGCUCCCUCUUAGCAUUUCUUCUACCGUCAGACAAGAAAAGAGAACAAAUUGUAGAAGACGACGUUUGAAGAUUUUAUUUAAAAGAACAUUGUAUGAUUUCUGACCGAUAAUGACAAAUUAGUUCGACAGUUUCUCUUUCAGUUCUACAGAUGUAGGUACACCUACAAAUUAUAACUAGCUUACCGCCCGCGGCUUCACCCGCUUUGACUUAAACCUAAUAAUUUAUAUAUUAAAAACCUUCCUCUUGAAUCACUCUAUCUAUUAAAAAAAAACCGCAUAAAAAUUCGUCCCGUAGUUUGAAAGAUUUAAGCAUACAAAGGGACAUAGGGACGGAGAAAGUGACUGUGUUUUAUACUAUGUAAGUAGUGAUAUUCGUCUAUUUAAGACGCGGAGAUCAAUUAUUUAAUAAUUCUCAAGUGUAUCAGUAUAAAGUAUAUUUAAUGGAUCGUAAAGAUAGACUUUAGCUUCAGAAGGUCUACGACAUUUUAUUAUUUGGGUUUGAUUUCAUAGAUUAUUUACUUUUAAGUGUUAUUUUUAUAGAUUACUAAAAUUCUGCUCUAUUUCAUUUCCUUUUCAUUUUUUCUACACUU